AUGAAAGUCUGGUCCUCCUACAUCUUAUUCGGCGAACUUGAAGUGACAGGCUUGGAUAUCAUGAAAAGCGUCACGGCGCACCAUUUUAGCAAUAUCCUCGGGACUGAGGUCAUCAUUUCGUUUCGCGAACAAGGGAUCGUCAAUGAGCUCCCGGAUAACCUCGGUAAACUUUGGCUCAUAUACACUGUAUACAAGCUCUGUUUGGUCGUUUUUCUUCUUAAGGAGCUCCAGGAACGCCUGACCUCUCUCGUCAGCCAAGACUAUCGGCGUCCAAGAUUGUGCACCGGCAGGAACCUUGGGCCAACCUGCGAGCAAAACACCGCGGAAAACUUCUGCCCGGGGUUUGCAGCUCUCCAGAUUAUCCCGCGCUUCCUUUGGAAAGUAAUCUUCACAGACCUUCUGGAGAACACUAUUGAAGGCCUCUUUAUCAGCUGCGGGGCUCUCAAGCAUUCCUUCUUUCGGCUCCUGCAAUUCAAGCUCUCCUCGCAAAGUCUUCUGGAAGAGACUGCGCCACUUCUCGUAAUUGAAACAGAGACGCUGGUGUUCGAUUAUGUACUGAGCCAGCCCGGUUCCAUCCUCGAGACCCUCUCGCAAGAGCUCGACAAAUGUAUCCGAGAAGUAGAUUCUGUCAAGGUGGAUUUUUGCUUCGGAUAUGUGGCGUGCCCGUGUAGCCGGGUCCUGCGGCUUUGGGGCAAACCAGUCCACAUUUCGUUCCUGGUUCUGAGCCAUGGUGAAAAGGAUUUGAUUGGUGUAAGGUCGUAUGGGAGUCAGUUGUGUUGA